AUGAACGCCGACGAGCAGGAGACGCUGUUCAAGCUUUCUUCCGUGAACGCAGAAAUCUGCGCAGCCGAUGGAGGCGCGCUCAUGUGGCUGGGGAUCCAGGACGCGGACGAGGAGAAGGAAUGGCGCUACUACAACUCCCACGAGGAGGUGCAGUUCCUGCUGUGGGCGCAGGGGCAGCCCAGCGGCGGGGAGCUCGAGAACUGCGCGGUGAUGAAGGGCGGCACCUUCGGCGGCACAUGGGCGGACAACGGCUGCCAUAAGUCCUUCAAGUUCUGCCCCGUGUGCCGCGUGCGCAUCCCCGUGUUCCUGCGGCUGCGCGGCAUCUGCGACAGCAACCUGUACGACGACCGCUUCAUCCUGGCCGGCCUGCGGAACCGGAAGCCCUACUUCCGCGGCUACUACCGCUCCCACGUGUUCCACGACGACCUCGGCUGGAGGCUGGAGAACAUCCUAGAGAACAACACUUUUGCCGUCAUGGAGGAGUCGGGCUCCAUCGAUUACCCCAUCGGCAGGAACAACUGGAUGUUCUCCCACGGGUUCUGUGGCCGUAAGUCCGGGGAGCUGAUCUCGAUGGCGCUCACACAGUGCCAGAAUAAUGUUAAAUUCACGUGCAACGAUGGCAACUGCAUCGACAUUGACCAAGUGUGUGACCGUCGACCUCAGUGCAACGAUAAAUCAGACGAACUUGACUGCAACAUUGUGCUGAAACCAGAAGGAUAUCAGCCGGAGCUGCCACCGCCCUCCCUCAACAACACCGGACCUCUGCCGGUGUUCCUCAACCUCACCCUGGAGUCCUUCAAGUCUGUCGAGCCCAUUCGCAACCGCUUCACAGUGGACGUCGUCGUCAAGAUGAUCUGGAAGGACAUCCGACUGCACUUCAAGAACCUCAGGGAAGAUCGUCAGUUGAACAUCAUCCUGCCAGAAGACGCGAAGGAAAUCUGGGUUCCUGUGGUGGACUUCCUCAACGCAGAAGGCAACCAGAACUCAGAGGUUGAUCUCCACUCCAAAGUCACAAUAAAACGUCUUGGGGGCAAAGUAGAAGACAACGUAGAAUUAUCCAAGGAAGCCUCCAUCUACAACGGGCACGAAAAUUACCUCCGCAUCUCCAGGAAGUACACUAUCACUUUUUCCUGCAACUUCAACUUCUUCUACUACCCGUUCAACACAAACUACUGCAGUAUGAUCUUCCAGGUGAAGCGCAACACUGACGCGUACGUAGCGCUACUCAAGUACGGUGAAGGCAUCAAUUACGACCGCAACGACAGACUGUCCGAAUACGACAUCGGGCGUAUCGUUGUGAACAAGUUGUCAACGCGCGAACCGUACUCGGGUCUGGAGGUCGUGAUCCAAAUGAAGCAUCUGUACGCGUCCCAGAUCCUCACUAUCUUCAUCCCGUCGACGAUCAUCAACCUGAUCACGUACACGACUUUCUUCUUCAAGUGGUACGACUUCACCAACCGCGUCAUGGUGUCCCUGACAUCGCUACUUGUGCUGAUGACUCUCUUCUCGCAAGUGUCGGACACGCUGCCCAAGACGUCCUACUUCAAGCUCGUCGACAUCUGGUUUUUCGUCUCGAUCCUCUACACCUUCGCCAUAAUCCUCAUCCACACCAUCGUCGAGUCCUUCCACAAGUACGACAUGGAGAUAAAGGAGGAGGAGGAACGUCGAAGGGAAGUGGAGAAGAAGAUGCUGGGCGUGGCGCCGCCUCGCUCGGCCUUCUCCGACAUCGCGAGCACAGCGAGCUACAUUUCUGACGACUCGGACCUCGGCGACUCGGACUUCGGCGACAGCGACUACGACAGCGAGAGCGACGAUGAGCCGGGCGGGACGGCCCUCUCUCACAAUUACAUCCCCGUCCUGAUUGACAAGUGGGGGAACCUGAUUACGACGAUCAUCUACAUCGUCCUCAACAUCCUCUUCUGGGCCAUGGCUUUCAUGGAGAAGAUACAGGAAAACAUCAAAGAUUACCAGUAUGAAAUGAUGCUGCAGAAACAACCCGUCCAGGAUGUGCGCGUGUAUCCUUAA